GCGCUCCAACCCUUUGUUUUCGCCAGCCAAAACCGGACAAUUUAUUCUCUUCCCUAUCUUUAUUACCGCUCGUAUUUCCCUAAUAUCUUGUCUGUUCGUCUUCUGUUCCCUUGCGAGUUCUACAAAAUGUCUGUCGAUCUCGAGCCAAGUGACCUCGGUUUCCGACGGCCCUUCGAUCGAGAAGUCGCUGAGGUGCUACGUCUUCGCAAUCCUAAUGGGGAGCCGGUGGCAUUCAAGGUCAAAACCACAGCACCCAAACACUACUGCGUUCGGCCGAAUUCGGGACGCAUAGAACCAGGCAAACAUGUUGAAGUUCAAGUUCUCCUCCAAGCGAUGAAAGAAGACCCCCCUGCGGAUGCGAAGUGCAAAGACAAGUUCCUAGUGCAAUCAGUGGCUAUAACUGGAGAUUUGGAAUUUUCAAACGUUACAUCGAUCUUUGAAAAAGCACCAAAGGCAUCCGUACAAGAACGAAAAAUUCGCGUGACGUUCUUACCUGCAGACGCAACCAACGGUGUGGCCCAUGCUGAAGAAGAACUACCCGCAUAUUCAUCACCUGCCGCUAACUUCGAAACACCUGUGCCGACCGCUUCUAAGUCUGUCUCCAACACUUCUCCAAUCUCACAACCGAACUUCGACAAGACUCCCAAGGCAGAGACUCCGGCAGAGUCGCCAAAAGAGGUCGAUCUAUCCACGUCCGAAGAUGCCAAAACAACUGGCACGAGUAUAGUUGCAACUGCCAGCGGAAACGUUGAACAGCUACUGGCAGACGCGCGAGCAGAGAUUCGGCGGCUGAAGGAUGAACUUUCAGAAGGCUUGCGGCAGCGAAAGACAGACAGGACCUCAGAAGGCGAUAAAUCGGCACCUCUUUUACAGCAGCAGCAUCCUCAGGCAGCAGCCGAGGCUGGAGUUCCAGUACAGAUCGUGGCAGCCUUGUGCUUGCUCAGCUUCCUGCUUGCCUACUUCUUCUUUUAACGAAUACUGGCUAGAUUCAAUCCCGGCCUGUCUCCGCGGGCUUCCUCUGUUUGACGGUUUCUCGGUGUACGCUUUUCCUUCUUCAUGUCUUGAUACAAUUCGCCUACUGGGCGUCUACUUUGUUUGGGCUUUUGACCUUGUUUCAUCUCCUGUGUAUCAUUGUGUUUUUUUAAUUUGGCGACUUAUAAAGAAAGAAUAAUGGUUUACUAACGUCACCAUUUGGAGUCCCUGAAACUAGUCCGAGAGCCAUCACAUACUGGUUGGUUCUAUGCAUCCCGGUUUUGUUGGAGCCAACUUCGUCAUAAUAUUCUUGUUUCCAUUCGUGUCUGUUGUAUCUCCUUCCUAUACGUUUCCUUAUUCUUAGUACCUACACUUUGAUUCGGGCAAGAUGAACAAAUCGGCCAUGAUAUGAAACAGAUCGUCCCAACAUAAAGAUAUUCUCCAAAGUAAUAAAACUU